AUGACUACUUUCUCUGGGCUCAAAUCGACUCUUGAGUCAUGUGCGAGUCUAUCAGCCCCGGAGAGCUGCCAUGACUUCUACGAGUUCAUGGCCUGGGCACAAGAGUUCAGUCUGUACUUGACAGUAAAGGCGCGAGCCAGAGAGAAUGAAGAAUAUGCAUUCGAUGAAUGGAAAGAAAGUGAUUCUUUGUCGCUACAAAAACACCAAGAUCAAAGUCUUCACCUCAAUGCAUAA